UUUUUUUUUAUGAUUCUUGUUCGAGGUAGAUUUGAUUUCUGUGUCGGUUUGAUGAGAAGAUUUUGCCAAGGAAUGUCUUUUUCAGCCACGGCAUGGGUCAAUACAACGCAGACGAACUUCACGCGCCAAACUGGUUAAGCGAUCAGUUUCUCAUUGAGGUUAUCCGGAAAUCACAAAACGACCCUUCUCUAACGCUUUGCCAUGGGUGUAAGUUGCGCCCUGGAACAACCGCAGGUGACCAUUAUGCAAGCGUUAUAUUUCGCACGACAAUUCAUUAUCGGUCUGCUCGGUAUCAUAACGAACAAGCCAUCAGCCUGAUUAUGAAACUCACGGCACAAAACGAAGGUUUUAAAAAAGGAUUGCUCGAAGGAAACAGCUUGUUUCAAACCGAAACGGAAAUGUACACAAAAGUUCUACCAGCAAUGUCCAAAGCUUUAGCGGAAAUUGGAGAACCCAUAGAUGUUCCGAAGCUCAUUUACGCUUCGAGUACGCCUCAUACUAUAAUUAUUCUUGAGGACGUAUCACCAAAAGGUUGGAUCCCUGGUCGGAAACCCAUCACCAGCUUUGAAGAAGUGGUACCCACUAUAAACAAUGUGGCCAAGUUUCAUGCUGCUUCAUAUUUUCUUAAUCAGUCGACUAUGGAUCUUUCAAAACAUUGCAUUGAAAUGUUCACGAAAGAAGAUGGAGGAGCUUUCGGAGUGUUCUACAAAGUAUUUGACGACUUCUGUAAUGCUCUCCAGUCAUGGCAAGAAUGCGAUAAAUUUUCGGAUAAAUUUAAAAAUCUCAAAGGCACAUCGAUAAAGCGAAUUCAGCAAAUUUACUCAGCGAAUCCGAAAGGUGUGGGGUACAACGUUCUCAAUCACGCAGAUUUGAACUGGAAAAAUUUGCUUCACAAGAAAGCAAUGAACGGUCGAGUUAAAGACUCUAUGCUGAUCGACUACCAAUGCUGCCACUGGGGAUCGCCAGCCAUCGACGUCAUAAGUUUAGUGGACUUGGUCAUGGAUCAUGGAACUAAGAAUCACUACCGCAAGCAGAUUGUCUAUGAAUAUCAUAAACACUUUGUUUAUAUUUUGGAGAAGCUGGGAUUUUUGGGCAAUGUUCCAACUUUAGCUGACUUGUAUACGGAAAUGCUUCGGAAAGGAUUCUUGGAGGUAUUUCACGUGGCUGUGUUCGAACAGUUAAAACACAUUGAUCUUACGGAAACAACGAUUGACGAACUAAAUAAUGGUCAUCUGGAAAAUCCUGCUUCCAGCAAGGAGUCAUAUUUAACAGUCGUUCGUGCAGAGCUCCCAAAGUUGUUGCACAAAGGAUUUCUGGAUUGAGUGAACUUUUUUUUUCUUUAUUUUAGAGACUUGUAGCCCUAGGCUGGCUCAUCUCUUAGGAUAGAAUAAAUUAUCGUUAGUGAAAACAUUGAUCCUUUUUCAACAAAGUUUUGUUUAGAAGACGUGUUCACUGUUCAGUGUUCAUACUACAUAUUUAUUUCAAUUCUCCUUUUCUCUUGGUACAACGUACUAACGCUAAACUGAUAAACUUCAAAUAGUUCGUAAAACAUGAACAUUUUUUAUCACAAUUUUAUCAUGUAUAUCAAGCAAAUCUAAUAAAGAUCCGUUGUAACUUA